AUGUUCAUUUGUCUGAGGCUUUUGAGAGAUGGCUUUGCUAAGGGUUGUAGGCCAAUGAUUGGGGUGGAUGGUUGUCACCUCAAGGUUGCAUAUCCUGGACAAAUCCUGGUGGCAGUAGCUAAGGAUGGGAAUAACAACCUAUUCCCUCUAGCUUGGGCAACAGUGGAGGCAGAGAAUAAAGAGACAAUGGCUGAUGUAGUUCCAAAAGCUGAAAAAAGAUUUUGUGUUAGGCACAUUUGGGCAAACUUCAAGCUCAAAUUCCCUGGGUCAACAUACAAGGAACUGUUUUGGGCAGCAGCUAGAACAACAACUGAAUUUAACUUCAAAUUUGCCAUGGACUCUAUCAAAGAGUUAUCACAAGAGGCAUAUGAUUAUUUGGUGAGCAUUCCCACCCAGUCUUGGUCAAGACAUGCAUGUUCAUCUAACUGCAAGUUCAACAUGUUGUUAAACAACAUGUGUGAGACUUUCAAUGCAGUCAUCAGGCCUGCCAGAGAUAAGACUAUCCUCACCCAAAUGGAAUGGAUGAGGAGGAUAGAAUUUGUUGCUAGGAAGUGUGUUGUGCAACCAUCAAGAGAUGAAACAUUUGAAGUGCAGUUGAUGGAUGAUCAAGAGUGUGUGGACUUACAAAAGGAAACUUGUACUUGUUAUCAUUGGGAACUAACUGGGAUUCCCUGUGUGCAUGCUUAUUCAUGCAUGAUGGACAUGAGGGGUGACAUAGAGGCAUAUGUGGACCCUUAUUACACCAUGGACUCAUACAGGAAGGCUUAUGAACCAUGUGUCCAACCCAUGCCUGGUCCCAAACACUGGGAGAGAGUGAAUAUGAGGGAACCACAACCUCCUACAUUUAAGGUACAACCUGGAAGACCAAAGAGCAAAAAAAGAAAACUUGAACCAGGGGAAUUUUCUACUGCAAGUGGACAGCCAAACACAGCAAAGAGGAAGAAACAAUGCAAUAAAUGUGCAGGUUUUGGUCAUUAUGCCAAGACCUGCAAAAAACCUGCUGCGCCAGCAACUGAUGAGCCAAGGCCGCCAAUCAGACCACCCUCCAAUACUCCUUGGAUGGUGGAGGAGAGGAAGAAGAAAGAAGUCAAAGCUGCCAAAAAGAGCUCAAGUCAGCCAAAGGUAAAGCAGCAGGUUAAGUCAAAGCUCAAUGCUUCCUCCAGCCAGCCUGCAACAACAUCAGUUCAACAACCGUCACACACAGGUAUGAUAACAAGGGGCAAGCUGCAAAAUAUCAAGGGUGUAAACCUCACUCAGUGA